CAGAGCCAGCCAACAACUGCCUGUAACCACCUGCUUCCCUCCUCAAUCCUCAAAUCCCCCCCUCUCCCACCUCCCUUAAACCCUAAGGGGCCUAAAACCCACAACAGUGAUAUUAAUCAGCUCAAAUUCUCAAUGGAAACUACUCUGAAGAUUAUCAGCCCUUAAAAAUUAAAACUUUGUAGAGUGUUUAGUCACUUUACCAUGCCUAGUUAUUCUCCAUUUUUAGUUCGUGGUCUAAGACUCAAGGCCAUCCCACUUCUGACCAAACCCAUGUCUUCUUUCCACUUAAUCAAUCGUAGGUGCCAUUUUUAUUCUCAAAAUCCUAUUCUGUUGCGCCGUCGUCUCGUGCCUCAAAACCACAGCUUCAGGGCUGGCUUGGUCUUAACUAGUUGCACUUGCUCUGCCUCCAGCUCUUCUUCUUCCGGCUCUGUUGUGGUGAAGCGGAUUAGGAAAGAUGGUUAUUCUUCUUCUUUUUCAAUUCCCCCACCUUAUUUUUAUCAGCAGAGUGCGGGAUACGGGAGGUUUGCUUAUGAUGAGUAUGCUUCAGAGGAGGAUGAUUACGAGUCUGAUCGCGGAAAUGGGUCUAGAGAAAUGUGUGCUUCAACCCUUGACAAUAUUGAAGAAUGGAGGAGGAAGCUUACCAGGCUUAUGCACAAUGAAGAUCAACAAGAACUGGUAUCAAGGGAGAGGAAAGAUCGACGAGAUUUUGAGCACCUCUCAGUCCUGGCAACAAGAAUGGGCUUAUAUAGUCGUCAGUACUCCAAAGUAAUUGCCUUCAGCAAAGUCCCAUUGCCUAAUUACAGAUCAGACCUUGAUGACAAGCGACCACAGAGGGAGGUGGUAUUGCCAUCUGGGUUGGUAGGUCGAGUUGACACUUAUUUAAAAGCAUACCUUUCUAGAAAGGCCAAGAAUAAGGAAACCUUUGGACACAGUUCCCUUCCAAGGAGCAGUGACAAGCUUUCAGCUAAUGAUGAUCUUUCAGAGUGUCAGGAGUCCCCUACACGAAGUGUUGUUUCUGAGAGAAUUCUCCAGCGACGUAGCUUGGACAUGCGUAAUAGACAACAGGAUUGGCAGGAAUCUUCUGAAGGCCAAAAGAUGCAAGAGUUUCGAAGGAGUCUGCCUGCUUAUAAAGAAAAAGAGGCACUGCUACAUGCCAUUUCCAGAAAUCAGGUGGUAGUUGUGUCUGGUGAAACUGGUUGUGGUAAAACCACACAAUUGCCUCAGUACAUUUUAGAAUCUGAGACUGAAGCAAGUCGUGGGGCUUUUUGCAGUAUUAUUUGUACCCAGCCUAGACGAAUCUCUGCAAUGGCUGUUGCUGAAAGAGUUGCUGCAGAAAGAGGGGAGAAUUUAGGAGACUCUGUUGGUUAUAAAGUUAGGCUUGAGGGAAUGAAAGGAAGAGAUACUCGCCUUCUGUUUUGCACUACUGGCAUUCUUUUGAGGAGACUACUUGUUGACAGAAAUCUGCAAGGUGUUACUCAUGUUAUUGUGGAUGAGAUUCAUGAACGUGGAAUGAAUGAAGAUUUUCUUUUAAUUGUCCUGAAGGAUCUUCUUCCUCGUCGACCAGAACUGCGAUUGGUAUUGAUGAGUGCAACUCUUAAUGCGGAGCUCUUUUCCUCCUACUUUGGUGGUGCUCCAAUGAUCCAUAUUCCAGGUUUUACCUACCCAGUUCGCAGUCAUUUUCUGGAAAACAUAUUGGAAACAAUUGGGUAUAGAUUAACUCCUUAUAAUCAAAUUGAUAAUUAUGGCCAAGACAAGAUGUGGAAAAUGCAGAAGCAGGCUCUUAGGAAAAGAAAAACGCAAAUUGCUUCUGCUGUGGAGGAUGCUCUUGACGCUGCAGACUUUAAGAAAUAUAGUCCUCGGACUCGGGAGUCACUAUCUUGUUGGAAUCCUGAUUCUAUUGGAUUCAAUCUUAUUGAGCAUGUACUUUGCCACAUAUGUCAAAGAGAAAGGCCUGGUGCCAUUUUGGUUUUUAUGACUGGUUGGGAUGAUAUUAAUGCUCUAAAGGAUCAACUUGAAGCACAUCCACUUUUGGGUGAUCCAAGCAGAGUUUUGCUACUUGCUUGCCAUGGUUCCAUGGCCAGUGCUGAACAGAAAUUGAUUUUCAAUAAACCUGAAGGCGCAGUGAGGAAGAUAGUGCUGGCUACCAACAUGGCAGAAACAAGUAUUACCAUUAAUGAUGUUGUUUUUGUUGUGGACUGUGGUAAAGCAAAGGAGACAUCUUAUGAUGCGCUGAACAACACUCCAUGUUUGCUUCCAACUUGGAUUUCACAGGCUGCUGCUCGGCAAAGGAGAGGAAGAGCUGGGCGUGUUCAACCUGGCGAGUGUUACCAUCUGUAUCCUAGAUGUGUACAUGAUGCCUUUUCAGAUUAUCAAAUGCCAGAACUUCUUAGAACUCCGUUGCAGUCAUUGUGCUUACAAAUUAAAAGUUUAAAACUUGGGAGCAUAUCAGAGUUCCUGUCUAAAGCUCUACAGCCACCAGAGCUACUUUCUGUUCAAAAUGCUAUCGAAUAUCUUAAGAUUAUUGGAGCUUUAGAUGAGGAUGAGAAUCUUACUAUGCUAGGGAAAAACUUGUCAAUGCUUCCAGUGGAGCCGAAGUUAGGGAAAAUGCUCAUCUUAGGGUCUAUUUUCAACUGUCUAGGUCCAAUAUUGACAGUUGUUGCUGGUUUGAGCGUUAGAGAUCCAUUUUUGAUGCCAUUUGACAAGAAGGAUCUUGCUGAGUCUGCUAAAGCCCAGUUUUCUGCCCGUGAAUUCAGUGAUCAUCUUGCCCUUGUCCGGGCUUUUGAAGGUUGGAAAGAAGCUGAAAAAGAACAAUCUGGAUAUGAGUACUGUUGGAGAAAUUUUCUUUCUGCACAGACCUUGAAAGCAAUUGAUUCCCUUCGGAAGCAGUUCUUUCAUCUCCUCAAGGAUAUUGGUCUUCUUGAUGACAUUGAAAGUUGCAACCAGUGGAGCCAUGAUCAGCAUCUCAUUCGAGCAGUUAUCUGUGCCGGUCUCUUCCCUGGAAUUUGCUCUAUUGUGAACAAGGAGAAGUCAGUUUCUCUCAAAACAAUGGAGGAUGGUCAAGUGCUUUUGCACUCUAAUUCCGUGAACUCCCAAGAACCCAAGAUCCCAUAUCCAUGGUUAGUUUUCAAUGAAAAAGUGAAGGUGAAUGCAGUAUUUUUGCGAGAUUCAACUGGUGUGUCUGAUUCUGCGGUUAUCUUAUUUGGAGGGAAUGUCUCUCAAGGGGGGCUAGAUGGACACUUGAAAAUGUUGGGAGGGUACUUGGAGUUCUUCAUGAAACCUACUUUAGCAAGUAUAUAUGUAAGCCUAAAGAAAGAGCUUGAUGAACUCAUUCAGAAAAAGCUUCUAGAUCCUAAGCUUGAUAUAAGCAGUCAUGAUGAUCUCUUAUCAGUAGUGAGAUUCCUCGUCUCACAGGACCAAUGUGAAGGUAGAUUUGUCUUUGGCCGCCAGAUGCCAACAUCCUUGCAAAAGGCCAAAAUUGGAGAACAAACUGGCACGCUAAGUGUGGGUGGUGGACAUAAUUCAAAAUCUCAGCUUCAGACAUUGCUUGCCAGGGCAGGACACCAGCCACCGAUGUACAAAACAAAGCAACUGAAGAAUAACAAGUUCCGAUCCAGUGUCAUGUUCAGUGGACUGGACUUUGUUGGUCAGCCUCGUGGUAGCAAAAAAGACGCAGAAAAAGAUGCUGCUGCUGAGGCUCUGCAGUGGUUGACUGGUGAAUCCCAAUCAACCCACGAUACAAUUGAUAAUAUGUCUGCCAUUCUAAAGAAAAGCAAGAAGAAACAGCAUCUUGAUGUUGCAAGGUGGAGGUAAUCAAUCCGAAGACUUGAAAGGAUGUUACCUAUCUUUGUUUCCACCAAGAGGUGCUCUUGCUUCCAGUAUCGUUGGUUUCUGGUGAACUGCAAGUUGGAAAAUCUUCAAGGAGAAGAUUUUUAGUUUGCAGAGGAUAAAUGCUGAUCUCAAGAUUGUACAAAGUCCUUGUAGAGGAAAGAGUCACCAGUUGGUGCUGGAAUUGGCCAUUCCACCACAGCCAAUUGAUUGACGGAGGUAGCUACACAAAUUGCUGGCGUUGACUGCUCAAGGCCUAUUAAUCUGAAACUACUAUGGCAUCAGCAACAGGUGGUGCCCGCUGUAUAUAUACUUGGUCUCAAAAGGGAAGCCCUGAUUAGUGUAGCGACCUCUUAUGGAUACUACUACUUUUGAUUCUUUGGAGAGGUAAAACAGUGUAUAUCCCGCCUAAAAAGGAAGAUUUGGAGGGACGGGGAUAUAUUGGGAUGCGGAAGGCAGGGAUUCGUCCCGGAAAACUGAGAGUUUGGCCUUCUUGUCCAUGUAUUGCUUAAACUCAGUUUUACGGGACUUCAGUUUCCGGGACUUCUCUUUUACGUAAUAGAAUUAUAACAAGUAUUUUGCAUGUUAUUA